AAACUUGGUCUUAUGUCUUCAUUCAUUUAAUGUAUCUCUCUCUUAUAUCUUCUUCCUCUCUAACCACUUUCCUCCCUUAAUUUCUUUCCCUAUAUUUAUUUAUUUUCAUUUCAUUUUCCUCUCCAACUAAUUAUACAUACACUUUAAGCUGAAAAAAUGCAGCCGUCCGGUGAUCCGGCGCCGGAGAAGGAGAAAGAGAUGAAGCAGCCAAAAGUGUCACUGCUUAAGCUCUUCUCCUUCGCAGAUUUCUAUGAUUGUGUUCUCAUGACUCUUGGAUCCGUAGGAGCGUGCAUUCAUGGCGCCUCGGUUCCGAUCUUUUUCAUCUUCUUCGGCAAACUCAUCAACAUUAUCGGUCUUGCUUAUCUUUUCCCAAAACAAGCCUCUCACAGAGUCGCCAAGUACUCGUUGGAUUUUGUAUACUUGAGUGUGGCUAUACUAUUCUCGUCAUGGUUAGAGGUUGCAUGUUGGAUGCAUACGGGAGAGAGGCAAGCGGCGAAGAUGAGGAGAGCUUAUCUCCGGUCAAUGUUGAGCCAAGACAUAAGCUUAUUUGACACCGAAGCUUCUACCGGAGAAGUCAUCUCCGCCAUCACCUCCGACAUCCUCGUCGUCCAAGAUGCUCUCUCCGAGAAGGUAGGAAAUUUCUUGCACUACAUAAGCCGGUUCAUAGCUGGUUUUGCAAUUGGAUUCACUAGUGUAUGGCAAAUAAGUCUUGUCACUCUCUCCAUAGUCCCCUUAAUCGCUCUAGCCGGCGGCAUCUACGCGUUCGUCGCCAUCGGACUUAUCGCUCGUGUCCGGAAAUCAUACAUCAAGGCCGGUGAGAUUGCGGAAGAGGUGAUCGGGAAUGUGAGGACCGUUCAAGCAUUCACUGGUGAAGAAAGGGCGGUGAGAUUAUACCGAGAAGCUCUGGAGAACACGUACAAGUACGGGAGAAAAGCCGGUUUAACUAAAGGACUAGGUCUUGGAUCGAUGCACUGUGUCUUGUUUCUGUCUUGGGCCUUGCUCGUAUGGUUCACAAGCGUUGUAGUCCACAAGGAUAUCGCCAAUGGUGGCAAAUCAUUCACUACUAUGCUCAACGUUGUCAUCGCCGGCCUGUCACUUGGACAAGCGGCGCCGGAUAUUUCUGCGUUUGUACGGGCAAAAGCUGCUGCUUAUCCGAUUUUCAAGAUGAUUGAACGGAACACGGUGACAAAAGCAAGCGCAAAAUCCGGCCGUAAACUAGGGAAAGUAGACGGGCACAUUCAAUUCAAGGACGUGACUUUCAGCUACCCAUCUCGCCCCGAUGUGGUGAUCUUUGACAAGUUAAACCUAGCUAUCCCUGCCGGGAAAAUUGUGGCACUUGUUGGAGGAAGUGGAUCAGGGAAAAGCACGGUCAUAUCUUUGAUUGAGCGGUUCUACGAGCCCAUUUCUGGAGCAGUGUUGCUAGACGGGAACAAUAUCAAUGAGGUGGAUAUUAAGUGGUUAAGGGGACAGAUUGGUUUGGUUAACCAAGAACCAGCUCUGUUUGCAACAACGAUUCGUGAGAACAUUCUGUAUGGCAAAGACGACGCGACGGCUGAGGAGAUCAACCGUGCCGCAAAGCUCUCGGAAGCCAUUUCGUUCAUCAACAACCUCCCUGAAGGGUUUGAGACUCAGGUCGGCGAGAGAGGGAUUCAAUUAUCUGGUGGACAGAAACAAAGGAUUGCUAUAUCAAGAGCAAUCGUGAAGAAUCCGUCUAUACUAUUACUCGACGAAGCAACAAGUGCUUUAGACGCAGAGUCAGAGAAAAGCGUGCAAGAAGCGCUGGAUCGAGUGAUGGUUGGGAGAACAACGGUGGUGGUUGCACACAGACUCUCAACCGUAAGAAAUGCUGACAUCAUAGCAGUUGUGCACGAAGGGAAAAUAGUUGAGUUUGGAAACCACGAGAAUCUCAUAUCUAAUCCCGACGGAGCCUACUCUUCUCUUCUUCGUCUUCAAGAGGCUUCCUCGUUGCAGCGUAACCCUUCCUUGAAUCGCACGCUAAGCAGGCCACAUAGUAUAAAAUACUCGCGGGAACUAUCAAGAACAAGGUCGAGCUUCUGUUCAGAAAGGGAAUCAGUAACUCGACCGGAUGGGGCCGAGCCAUCCAAAAAGGUGAAAGUAACGGUGGGACGUCUUUAUUCUAUGAUCCGUCCGGACUGGAUGUAUGGCGUAUGUGGCACGAUAUGUGCCUUUAUCGCUGGAUCUCAGAUGCCCCUUUUCGCGCUUGGAGUCGCACAGGCCUUAGUUUCCUAUUACAAUAGUUGGGAUGAGACUCAAAAAGAGAUCAAGAAGAUCGCUAUCCUCUUUUGCUGUGCCUCCAUUAUCACCCUAAUUGUCUACACCAUUGAGCAUAUCUGCUUCGGUACUAUGGGCGAGCGUCUCACUCUCCGUGUCCGCGAAAAUAUGUUUAGAGCAAUCUUGAAGAAUGAAAUCGGGUGGUUUGAUGAGGUGGACAACACAAGCUCAAUGUUGGCAUCGCGGCUUGAGAGCGAUGCGACUUUGCUUAAAACCAUAGUGGUCGAUAGGUCUACAAUUCUACUGCAGAACUUAGGUCUAGUUGUGACCUCUUUUAUCAUCGCCUUUAUACUCAACUGGCGUCUCACUCUUGUUGUCUUGGCCACAUACCCUUUGGUUAUAAGCGGACAUAUCAGCGAGAAACUUUUCAUGCAAGGCUAUGGAGGAGACUUGAACAAAGCAUACUUAAAGGCCAACAUGUUGGCCGGAGAGUCUGUUAGCAACAUCCGCACGGUCGCCGCCUUCUGUGCUGAGGAAAAGAUUCUAGAACUUUAUUCAAGAGAGCUUUUAGAACCUUCCAAAAGUUCUUUCAGGCGUGGACAAAUUGCAGGACUUUUCUACGGUGUCUCUCAGUUCUUCAUUUUCUCUUCCUAUGGCCUCGGCCUCUGGUACGGAUCAACUUUGAUGGACAAAGGAUUAGCGGGCUUCAAAUCAGUGAUGAAAACAUUCAUGGUUUUGAUUGUGACGGCAUUAGCUAUGGGUGAGACGUUAGCUCUAGCUCCGGAUCUGCUGAAAGGAAACCAGAUGGUUGCGUCCGUGUUUGAGAUCUUGGACAGGAAAACUCAGAUCGUUGGAGAAACCAGCGAGGAGCUGACUAAUGUGGAAGGCACAAUUGAGCUCAAAGGCGUCCACUUUAGCUACCCUUCGAGACCAGAUGUUGUAAUUUUCCGAGACUUUGAUCUUAUAGUUCGUGCCGGAAAGAGCAUGGCGCUCGUUGGACAGAGUGGAUCCGGUAAAAGUUCGGUCAUUUCACUCAUUCUCCGGUUCUAUGAUCCGACUGGCGGAAAAGUUAUGAUAGAGGGAAAAGACAUAAAGAAACUAGAUUUGAAAGCACUGAGGAAACAUAUUGGUCUUGUUCAACAAGAACCGGCACUUUUCGCCACAACAAUCUACGAGAACAUAUUGUAUGGAAACGAAGGAGCAUCUCAAUCUGAAGUCAUAGAAUCAGCCAUGCUUGCAAACGCUCACAGCUUCAUUACCUCUCUCCCGGAAGGUUACUCUACCAAAGUCGGUGAACGUGGAGUUCAGAUGUCAGGCGGUCAGCGACAGAGGAUCGCUAUCGCUAGAGCCAUCCUCAAGAAUCCAGCGAUUCUAUUACUUGACGAAGCCACAAGCGCUUUGGACGUUGAAUCUGAGCGUGUGGUACAACAAGCAUUGGAUCGGUUAAUGACUAACCGGACGACUGUGGUGGUUGCUCACCGGCUAUCGACGAUCAAGAACGCUGACACGAUAAGCGUAUUACAUGGAGGUAAGAUCGUAGAGCAAGGCAGCCACCGUAAGCUCGUUCUAAACAAGACUGGUCCAUAUUUUAAACUCAUCAGUCUUCAGCAGCAGCAACAACCUUAAGUACUAUACUUUAUUUAUUGAAAAACUCUUAAUUUUUUUUUCUUUUUUUUUUGUGGAAAAAAUUGAUCAUAUACAGUAUUUCAUUCGAUGUGAUUAUCCUAAUCCUCUUGAUUUACCGUUGGCGAGUUUACAUGCAACGGUAGAAAAAUAAGUUACGAAAUCCAAAAUCGGAAAAUGUUCUAAAAACAUCACUAUGUAUUUUCAAAUGAAUUUUGCGUUUCUAA